CCGACCACGAGUGACGAGCGACUCGCGACUCAGCGCGGUUCACUCCUUGAGAUGAGCACUGCAGAUACAUCCACUUCCCUCGAUACAGUGCGCGGAUGCCGAGAUGGUAUAGGCUUGUACUUAGGAAAAGAGAAAGAGCGAGGGCGCCAGAUGCAAUGGGCUCCAAAGGGCAGCUCGAGCAGCCCAUGCACACGAACGCGGCUGCGCUUACACUAUUAGAAGCGCUGGAUGUCGACAAACGCCCUUCAUUCGUCCUCGAAUUGCCCUCUCACUUGGGCUACGAUAAGCCGCUCGAUCUACUAUAUUCCAACCCAGCUCUGGCAACGGCUACUGGGUUGCUGGCCAGAAUAACAGGGCACAAUGAGGCGAGCAUAUUGGAUGAAAGCACCGAAGCUCAGCUUGCUUUCCGAGACUGGGUCUGCGGCAGGACACAAGAGGGUAGCUUGCAAUGGCCAAGCCAUGUCUAUACCUUUGAAGGUCAUCUAUGGAACGCCCUCACCAUUGGACAUUACAGGAUCGUCAGCGGAGUACCCACAUCACUAAUGUUGGCCAAUACGGGGCCAGCAAGCAGAAACCAUCGUAAACUAAGUCGCGAUAGCAAGACAGUGGAGAGCAAACAUCUCAGGGACACAUCACCUACCACACCUCCUACGCUGCCAGUACAGCUGCCUGCGACCCCCGAGAACGGUGGAGACUAUUCUAAUGCCCGAAAAAGCGCUAGAUGUGGGCCUCUUGACUACACCUCGGCUGAAUUUCCACCAGAUAUCAUACAUGGAUUUCAUAUUGAUUAUUUUCACAGCGUAGACUGGGCCAAUACAUCCCUUGGACCGAUCCAGUCAUGGUCACCUGACUUGCGUUGCAUGGCAAACAUGGUUCUUGGCAACAGUGGACCAACCAUCUUAUUCUGGGGCGAUGAUGGCGCAAUGCUAUACAAUGAGGCAUACAUUCAGCUACUAGGCCAUCUCCAUCCUUGCAUGGGCAAGAACGUCCGCACCCAUGCGCCUGAGCAGUGGCCCACAUUCCAAACCAUCGUUCACCAUACCAACGACACGGAUGAACCUCUGGCUGAACCAGACAUACUGAUGUUCAUCGAUAGAGACGGACGUCUUGAAGAGACUCACUGGUCAUUUCGGUUUGUGCCAAUACUGGAUCGCCAUCGCGGCACUAAGGCCUACUAUCAAACCUUUUUCGAAGUGACCGAACACCGUCUCCUUGAGCGCCGCGUCUCUAGUCUGGUAUCCAUGGGCACUCAAAGCGAACGUGCAAGGAACUUUCACUCUUUUUGGGACACAACCUUGAACUCUCUGAGUCUGAACGAUAAAGAUGUGCCGCUAGCUCUGUUAUAUGCUGCUGAGCGUCAUAUAAGCGCUGAAAUCACAUCAAUGUCAUCGCCAGGUAACACACCGCCAUUGGACGCGUGCGUGCUCAAGGGUACGAUUGGUGUUGAGGCUGGUCAUCCCAUCGCUCCCACGACUAUCAACAUCAACGAAGACUCGUACUUGCUUCAUUCCCAUAUUCGCCGCGCCGCACAGACCAGAAAAGCUACCGUUGUGCGUCUCGAUCAGCUCCCUGGAUCCGAUGCUGCCUUGAGAGAUAUCAAAUGGAGAGGCUACGGGGAGCCCUGCCGCACCAUUGUCGUGUGCCCCAUCAUUCCAACAACUGGCAACCAGGUCGAAGGCUUCCUCAUCAUUGGCCUCAACCCCCGCAGACCCUUUGAUGAAGACUAUCAGCAGUAUCUCCAAGUCAUGGUCCGUUUGCUCGCUACUUCGCUCGCUUCAGUUGUCCUUUUUGAAGAAGAGGUUCGGCAACGAGAAAAUGCCAUUGCCCAGGCUGCACAGAUCCAAGAGCAAUUGAUGGCUGAGAUAAAGUUAGAGGAAGGCAAAUUCCAGCGUUUUGCAGAGCGCUCUGAUGUUGCCAUUUUCAUAACAAAUCCCGCUGGGGACUACACGUAUCGAAACCAGCGCUGGUACGAUAUGUUUGAAAUUGCCGGGUUCCAUACCAAUUCUACAGAUGCAUGGCACACUAUUGCCUUCGAAGAAGACAUGGCUUACUGCAAAUCAGUGUUUAAGAAGCUCGUGGUCGAUAAUGAACACGUUUGUUUCGAGCUACGAACCAGGAUGCCAUGGUCGCCACCCUCGGACCUCAGCCAGUCGCAAACCUUAGACACUGAGCACUUUAGGUGGAUUCUGUGCUCAGCUUAUCCUGAGAUAGGACCUAGCGGUGAACUCGUCGAAAUAGUAGGCAACGUCAUCGAUAUCUCCAAACAGAAAUGGGCCGAAGAUCUUCAAAAGAUUCGCACCGACAGCGCGCUGCAGGGAAAACAGCAUCUCGAGCACUUCAUCGACACGACUUCACAUGAGAUGCGUAACCCCCUGAGUGCAAUUAUGCAAUGUGCAGAUUCAAUCAUUUCUUCGUAUGCGCAGGACGAAUGCCGCGCGAUGACUACAAACGGGUGGUCGACUUUCCUGGAAUCUACCUUGGAUGCUGCACAAACUAUCGCUCAAUGCGCUCAGCACAUGAGACAUAUUGUAGACGAUGUUUUGACAAUAUCCAAGCUCGAUUCAGGCCUUCUAGACAUGACGCCUGUAGUUGCACAGCCUGAAAAUGUAGCAAGACAUGCUGUCAGAAUGUUCGACGCUGAAGCAAGAGCUGCAGGGAUUGAUAUUUCAUUAGUAGUUGACCAGUCCUACCGUGACAUGGAAAUCGAUUGGACCUCCUUGGAUCCAACAAGGGUGCUACAAAUUCUCAUCAAUCUCCUUACUAACGCUAUUAAGUUCACACGCCUUGAGAAGACCAAAUCAGUCAAAAUGACGCUUUCUGCCAGCGUAACAGAACCUACUUCAAUUCCUGGAGGAAUUCAAUUCAAUGAAGAGAAACUAGUGGACCACGACCAACGCCUUGAAGAUGACUGGAAGCACGCUCAAGAUCUCAUAUACCUGCAGUUUUCCGUCACCGACACUGGUCGCGGUCUUUCAGAGGACGAAAAGGGCACGUUGUUUACUCGUUUUUCACAAGCUUCUCCUCGCACCCACAUCAACUAUGGAGGUUCUGGCUUGGGUCUGUUCAUAUCGCGACGCUUGACCGAACUGCAGGGCGGCGCCAUUGGUCUUUCUAGUCAAUCUGGUAAAGGCAGUACCUUCUCCUUCUACAUCAAAACAAGGCGAACGAAGCCUAGCACGAAGAGAAACGGAAGCUUACCACAUGUAUUCCCCGAAGAUGUGAAACACCGACCUCUAGUGAACUUGACGAGGCCCACGGCUCCCUUACGCUCCUUCACCACCGAAGAUGCGCGAAUAGCAAAACCACCUUACCCAACUAUCCGACGAUCAUCCGCAAACUCCCAGCAACCCCUUGCGACCCGCUCCCACACCGACUCCGAAGCCCUCCCCCUCUCUCAAAAACCCCGCCCACAAGACCCCAAACCCCUCGCAAAACCCAUCCCGCAACCCCUCCACGUCCUCAUCGUCGAAGACAACCUCGUCAACCAGCGCGUCCUCGCCAAGCAACUCCGCGCCCUCAAUUGCACCAUCAGCGUUGCAAACCACGGCAAAGAAGCCCUAGACUUCCUCCCCAAAACCACCCUCUGGAACCACACGCAUCCCCUAUCUUCCUCCUUAUCCCGCAAAGAAAAAUACCACGUCCCCUCCACCGAACCCAUACCCCUCGGCUACGACGACGACGUCCCCGCCAUCCCGCUCAAUCUCAUCCUUAUGGAUUGGGAAAUGCCCAUUAUGAACGGGUUGAAGGCCGUGGCGGAGAUCCGGAGGUUGGAAAGAGAGGGAUUGUUGAGACGGAGGGUGCCGGUUAUUGGGGUUACGGCGAAUGUGAGGGAGCAGCAGAUUAGGAUGGCGGUAGAGGCGGGUAUGGAUGAUGUUGUUGGGAAGCCGUUUCGGGUUGCGGAGUUGUUGGAGCGGAUGCGGGAUGUUGUUGCGGGGAAGAGUGUGGGGAAGGGUGAGGGGACGGGGGGGUAUGAGGGCUUUGGGUGAGGUGGGUUGAGGUGGUAAAAGUGUUUUUUGCUCGAUCUUUUUUUGUUCGACUGGGCGGUAAACUGUGAGAGGAACUUUUGUAGUGUUAUGUUGUACCCAGAGCGCGUGUUGCUUCGUUCAUGUUACGAUGUAGUCUUCUUCGGCGAUUUAUUCCCUUUUGUGCAUAGCCAAUAUUUGGUGUUUGGGAAGCUUAUAUCCCUUGUGUUAGCAAGCGAAUAGCACUUGAGUGCAAUUCAUUCUUUACAAUUUGAUUUCACACUUUUCUCAAACUUUACUGGAGCAGAAACGCGUUUGAGGGGCC